AUGGCGUCGAUGCCGAAGUUGUCAACCGUGAUUUCGUGGCUGAUAUACCUCGUGCCCGUGUACAUCUUCGUCCUCAACCCGCUCCUACAACAGUUCUUCCCAGGCGCCUUCAACCCCUGGGAAACCAGCGACGCAUUUGGGCACUGGGACGACGAAGUCCCGGGAAUCAACAUCACAGACGACAGCUUCAUCAGCCCAGAGGAUGGCGUCCCGCUCAAUUGCGCCAGCGAGCCGGAAGGGUACCGGGUGCAUCUACUCUCGCGGGCGCCACUCAUCUUAUACAUUGAGAACUUCCUCGGCGCCGAGGAAGCAGACCAUCUAGUCGAUAUAAGGCAAGACCAGCCCGUUCCUUACCUUCCAAGCUACCCCAGCUCAAUACUACAGAAUUCGUCCAGUCUGAACAAAUACACCCCCUCCAUCGUCUACGACGGUAUAACCGAACGAGUCGACCCAACCAAGCGCCUCUCCGACCGAGCCCUACUCGACCGCGACGAUACAGUCCGCUGCCUCGAAGAGCGCGCCCGCGCAUUCCAGGGCUGGCGUCCACACCUGUAUAUCGAGCGCAUGUGGGCGCAACGCUACAAUGCUUCCGGCCAUUACCGGCAUCAUUAUGACUGGACGGGGUCGCUGGCGCGCGGCGGCGACCGCCUCAGUACCUUCAUGGUCUACCUGGGUGCGGACUGUGAGGGCGGAGGAACGAACUUCCCGCGUCUGCAGAUGCCGACGAGAGAAGAAGAGGCCCAGGCGGGCGCGACGGGCGAAGGGGGGUCGGGGCCAGGGGCCGGGACAGGGACAGGAGAGGACGGUCGCUUGGCGCGGUCAAAGAAGGAUGGAAUCACGGUCAAGCCGAUUAAGGGGAAUGCGGUCUUUUGGGAGAAUCUUCGGGCCGAUGGGACUGGGUAUACCGAGACCUGGCACGCUGCGUACCCCGUCACAUCCGGGACCAAGGUUGGGUUGAAUAUUUGGAGUUGGUAUCAGCCUCCGAAGAGGAGACGAGGAUGA